AGAAAAAAGACACGUUAUAGAAAAUUAAACACCAACGAAACCAGCUACGAAGCCAGCUUCUUCGACGGCUUGCAUGGACGGCGACACGGACGCCGCCCUUUCCGACUCCUCCACCACGACAGCAUCAUCAGCGACCCAGUCGAAGGUCAAGAUCUACCUCAAGGGUAGAUCUUGUUCCGCCGCCGACGCGAAAGCGGGGAAAAAGCGAGUUCGUCGCGUUUUCCUCCACGACGACUCGGUCCCAGCCGUGAAGACGACGCCCACGACGACACCCACGGCGACGACGCCCACGACGACACCCACGGCGACGAGGCCCACGACGGAGACGACGCCCACGACGGAGACGGCGCCCACGACGGAGACGGCGCCCACGACGGAGACGGCGCCCACGACGGAGACGGCGCCCACGACGGAGACGACGCCCACUACGGAGACGACGCCCACUACGGAGACGACGCCCACUACGGAGACGACGCCCACUGCGGAGACGACGCCCACUACGGAGACGACGCCCACGGCGGAGACGACGACCACUACGGAGAAGAUGCCCACCGACCAGUCGACAAGCGACAGCGAAGCCGGUGCGUUUGUGCGGAUCCGCACAACCGCCCCAGCCGCCGCCCCCGCUCACGAUGAUCGGGACACGAUCAUCGAGCGUCUCGAACAGCGGUGCGAGCGACAGGAGGCACAGAUAUCUCGGCUUAUCGCUGAGAUUAGCCGCCUUAACGCUAAGCUGGAGCUAUUGCUGCCCCCGGCGCCCGGCACCAUGCCGCCGCCUCCACCGCCGUCAGACAAGAAGAAGGCCAAAUCGAAGAAGACGGCGCCCAAGGCUGCCGUUCGGUCCGCUGCCCCCACCACACCGGCAGUGGACGUCAUCGUCGACGCCCCGGCGGUCCAGGUGCCCAGGCCGGCAGUCCAGGUGCCUAAACCGGCAGUCCAGGUGCCCACGCCGGCCGUCCAGGUGCCUGUGCCGGCCCCGACCACCCAGACCGCCUCCACCGACGACGAGGGCGAGUUUGUGCUGCCAGCACAUGCGGUUAAGCGCGACCGCAAAAAGGCGGAUAGGGCCGAAAAAGCCGCCGCCACUGCUGCAGCCGCCUCCACCACCGACGACCUGCCAGAACUGGACGAUUCCGCUCUGCGCCCACGCCCACCACGUGUCAGCCGUGACACCGACGUCCCGCCGGCAUUCCUGCUGCGGGACAAGAGCAAAUACCUCCAGGUACUUACGUACCUGGAGAUAAAUAAAAUCAGGUUCAGCACCGCCCGCUCCGGCCGGGCAGGCAUAUGGUUCAACCUGAAGACCGUCAAGGACUUCAGGGGGGUCACGAAGCAGCUCGCUGAGCAAGGCUUCGACAUCGUCACCACCAUGCUGGAGCAUGAACGGCCCAUCCGGACCGUUCUCUUCGGCAUUGGCCCCGAACUGCCGGAGAACGUAAUCAAAGCGGAGCUCGCUGCAAUGGGGUACGAGGUGGUGUACUUCCGCCGCCUGCGUUCCAAUGACGGCAACGAUCGCAGCGAGACCAACAUCUCCAUCGCGCGAUCACCCAACAGCGAGAGCAUCUUCACGGUGGAGAGGAUCCGCGGGCUAAGGUGCAAAUUCGAGCACAAACGCCCCGACCCCCACGGCUCGCUCUGCGGGCGAUGCCAGAAGCCUGGACACUCGGCCCGCUUCUGUGCUCGCCCGUUCGUCUGCGGUUUUUGCGCUGGUGCGCAUCACACCGACGAAUGCGCACACAAGGAGGACCGCGCACACCGCAGAUGCGCAAAUUGUGGCGGAGCGCACCCGGCGUUCGUCCACAAUUGCCCGGCUCGUGCCCAGCACGCAGCCGCCUCCGCCACCAACGGCACAUCCCAGGCUGCAUUCCAGCACGACGCCAGCCGUUUCCCGGGGCUCCGGCCCGCUGUUCGCACAGCGGCGUCGGCGCUGCCGCCACCGGCACCAGCAUCGCUGACCACCCCGCUCGCCCAGGCCCACAGCGUCCCCACGCUGUCCUAUGGUGUAGCGACAGCGCGCCCGCCGCCUCCAAUCGCAGCCAGCAUCCAGGACUCGCUGCUCCAAGCGAUGCAGGGGAUGAUGCCCGUAUUUGCGAACAUGCUACUGCAAGCAGCCGCUUCAAUCAAUGCCGGCCUUCCGCGCCAGGCAAACUCCAAUCCUGCGCCGCCAGCUCCAACGCAGUAA